UACGUCAUAUUUAUGCUGCCAGACAACACUGCCACUCAAAAGAGAAGAGGGAAGGCUGAAUGUUUGCAUGUGUGGUGGGAAAACGCGUCUAAUGAAAGGAAGUGAUUGUUUUGGUGGGGGACUUGCCAUCCGAAUCCUACAGGCUGUCCGUCUGAAAUAGGGAAUGAACGACGAGACAGCCUCGGACAGCUGGAAGACGAACUCCGGGUGCUCCAGUAUUGAGCAAAUGCUGGCAGUGAAUCCCGGAAAGACACCAAUUAGUCUGCUGCAGGAGUAUGGAACGCGGAUAGGAAAGACCCCGGUGUACGACCUGCUGAAGGCCGAGGGACAGGCCCACCAGCCAAACUUCACGUUCCGUGUCUCUGUGGGAGAAAUCAGCUGCACGGGGCAAGGCCCCAGCAAGAAAGCGGCCAAGCACAAAGCGGCCGAAGCGGCGCUGAAGAUGCUUAAGGGGACCCUGGCGGAAUCCAUAGGUUUUAGUGUUGAAGGAGACGCGUUUCUCGGGAUUGAUGUGCCUGCGGAUGAAGAAAGCUCCCCAUGUGAGAUGAAAACUUUAGGCACUUCGCAGCAAUCCGAAUGCAACCCUGUUGGAGCUUUGCAGGAACUAGUGGUGCAGAAGGGAUGGCGUCUUCCAGAGUACACAGUGACACAAGAGUCCGGACCCGCACAUCGCAAGGAAUUCACCAUGACCUGCAAAGUGGAGAAAUUUAUGGAAAUUGGAAGUGGUACAUCCAAGAAGUUGGCGAAAAGAAAUGCAGCUGCCAAAAUGCUUGCACGGAUACACGACGUCCCAGUGGACCUGAAGACCAACAACGACCCGGACGCUGAAGACGACACUUUUAGUAUGAACACAGGGAAUAGAUCAGAGUCAAGCAAGAGUAAAGGCUACAGCUGCACAUGGGACGCGCUGAGGAACUCUGCCGGCGAGAAGAUCCUUCAGCUUCGCACUCACCCCCUGGGCUUGCCCGCAGACUCUGACUUCUGCUCGCUGCUCGACGACCUGUCUGUUGAGCAGUCCUUUGAAAUCAGUUACCUAGAUUUAGAGGAGCGCAGCCUGAGUGGCCGGUGCCAGUGUUUGGUGGAGCUGUCUACGCAGCCAAUCACCGUAUGCCACGGCUUCGCCCUGAGCGUGGAGGAUGCUCGAGCCAACGCCGCCCACAAUGCAUUGCAGUACCUAAAAAUCAUGGCUGGGGCGAAGUGACAGUUCUGGAUCACAAGAAAACCCGAAAUACCUCAAAUUUUGAAAAAACGAGCUAAUUGUAAAAGAAAUGCUCAAUGACGCACUAUGGGUGAAGACUUAAAUUUCCAUAUUUAUCACAUUCCCUUAAAAUACAGGCAUAUUGCAUUUCAAGUCCACAAAUUCAUCAAGGAACCUUUCUGUGAUUACGUCAAAGAGAGCACACAAAAGACAUUGCUGAAUAAUACUUUAAGACUACCCUUUUAAAAGGAUUCAGAGGGAAAAGUUGUUAAUAAUGUAUAGGACUUAAAAUCAGCAUGAAAUGGCCAAGUCAUCAACAUUACAAUCCAAUAUUAAACACAAUUUAGACAAUGUGGUAUAUUCCUAAUAUCAUACACCCAAUCAAAUAAAAUGCCUAACUUGCCAGUGUUGAAAGAAAUACCUCAGUGUGAUCAUUGUGAUCUUAAUUUUUGUUGUUGGACAUUUUGCACUCUCCUGCACUUGCAUAUUAAGCGAUGUGCUGGCAUGUGAGCCGUUAUGGCAGAAUUUUAGAAUUUUUAAGUGCUGCUCUUUGUCAUUGCUGUUUUGUGAAUAACAAAAAUUGUGUAGUCCCAUUUUUAAACGCCUUACGAAAACCUUUAUUCAUUUAAAGAGAGUUUGCAACAACUUUGCGUACUAUUUAAAUUUAGGAUAAUUAAAUUACAUGUACAUGCACAAUGUUUUUCUUCCUGCAAACUGACAAGACUGUACAAUUGAAAUUAUUAAAAAGGACUGAAAAUGCAUUUUAUGUCAAAUUGUUUAUUCAUUGCACAAAAUAAAAUAUUCUCAAUGUGUACUGUACAGUUGAUGUGUACUUUAGAAAUUUUUACACAUUUUAUAUGUUAACAGCAAUGUUUUGUUAAAAUACAUUAAAC